AACCACUGCAUCUAGCACGAGCACCCUCCCUCGCUCUCUUCCCUUCUCAAGCCUAAUACUCUUCCACUCACACUCCACGUACUCUUCCCGAUCUGGUCAGACACCCCACAAUGGUCGCGUUCGGUAACGGCUUCUCAAACGGCAACGGCAGCCAUCACCCGGCCGCCCAGCAGGCGCCCCCCGUCAAGGUUCAGCCCCUGCUGUGCUCGGGCCACACCCGACCAGUCGUCCACCUCCAGUUCUCCAACAUUCUCGCGGACGGCACUUACCUCCUCAUCUCGGCGUGCAAGGACGGCAACCCCAUGCUGCGUUCAUGGCUGGGUGACUGGAUCGGCACCUUCCUCGGCCACAAGGGCGCUGUCUGGUCCACCAAGAUCUCUCUCGACACGUCACGCGCAGUGACCGGAUCUGCUGACUUUACCGCAAAAAUCUGGGACACGAACUCGGGCGAGGCUCUUCACAGCUUUGCGCACAACCAUAUUGUGCGCACCGUUGCGCUCAACCCUCAAGUGCAACCCCAGUACCUCCUGACUGGCGGCAAUGAGAAGAAGAUUCGUCUUUUCGACCUCAACCGCACGGACGCCCAGCCUCUCAUACUCGGUAGCAACCCGGACGGCAACUCUUGUGAUGGUGUCGUGCGGAGUAUCGUAUGGGAUGAGGGCCAGGGCGGUGCCGUCGGUGUCAGCGCCGCUGAGGACGGCAAGGUUCGCUGGUGGGACCUGCGCACGCUCUCACAAAUCGACGAGGUUGAUCUGGGCGGUUCUAUCUCGUCUAUGGAGCUUGCUCACGGUGGUGGCACCCUCUCGGUCGCCGCUGGGAAGAACGUACACUUCCUGGACGUGAUGCGCCAGCACCCUCCUGUCUCAAUCAAGAUGCCGCACGAGGUGACAUCUGCGUCUCUUCAUCCCUUCAUGCGCGACCGCUUCGUCGCCGGCUCGUCCGCCGAUCCGUGGGUGCGCGUCUACGACCUUGACUCUGGCGCCGAGCGCGAGGUCUACAAGGGCCACCACGGUCCUGUGCUCUGCGCGUCAUACUCGCCGGACGGCGAGGUCUACGCGUCGGGUAGCGAGGACGGUACGAUCCGCCUGUGGCAGACCACGCCUGGCAAGUCGUACGGUCUUUGGCAGACACAGGAGUAGAGGAUACCUUCGCAAUGUGUUUGUGGGGAGGCCGAUCUGAUAGAUGAUGAUGUGGGAGGAGGGACGAGAUGGAGA